AUGAUUAAUUAAUCUAAUUAAAGAUCACUUGAUUCCUAGCUUAUAGAAUAAGAACCAUCAAUACAAUAAAUUAAAAGUAUUAGAAUUUCAUUCAAUCAUUAUUCUAUAUCAAAUCAGUAAAUGCAAAAAGAAUCCGAUAGUUUAGAUACUUUCUAGAGUAUUUUUGAUUCAGAAUUGGAAUAAAGAGUCAUAUUUGAAAGUAUAUCCAAUAUUAGUACAACAAAUACAAUCAAUCAAAAGAAAAAAAAAUUAAAACGAGUAUGUUAGGCAAAUUCUUUUAAAGCUAGAUUGGCUUAAAGAACAAGAAUUUAAUCAUUUAGAUUGGAUGAAGAAGCUUGCAGUUAAGAUGAAGAAGAAAGUCUUCCAUAAAAUCUAAUGGAAGUUGAUUUGUAAUUUAGAGAAGAGGCAAUAUUUUCAGUGUAAAAAAUAAUUGAGACUCGAAAGAAUCUAAUAAUUUGA